GACGUAAGAACCGUUCACAGCCGAGCUGUGCUAUGAUUGGUCGAUGGCCACAUUUCGUCAAAAUCUUGCUUGUUGUCAGGGUCUAGUAGCAUUACUUUAUACCUUCCAGCUGUGCGUACGAGAGGAUAGGGCAGUUGAUAGUAGAAAUCGUCUGCUAAUUCUUUGUUUUAGAUAAAAAGAAAUAUAUUUGAAAACCUCAAAUAGUUUUUUAUGCCUUUCCUCAAACGACAUUGGUUUAAGUAAAGAUAAAAUCACCACCAACCGAUAAGUUAUUAAGAAAUCUUGGAUAUGAAUGGUGUCAAGAACUGUCUACACAUCUGGAGGAUAAUAAACUCAUUUACAUGACAUUUUCUGCAACCUGAUUUGUUGCCUGUUCAAUAGUGUUGUUUAGACUACUAUGUGCAAACAUAAAUCAGGUGGAAUGGCUAAACCAUCAGGAGCAGGUUCUCAAGAUGGAAAUUCCGAAAGAACAACAUCUGCCUCAGUUACUAGUCAUGAUUGCCCAGAAGCCUCAAGUGAAAUAGCCAGCUCUCAACAGCUCAAUUCUAUGGCUCCUAAUCUUGACCCUGGUUACAACAGUCAUGCCAGGGACUAUGUAGUGGCACCUAAUCUUCGCAUGCAUCCUCAAACUUCUAGCAGAUCCUGUGAUACCUAUAGUUUUCUUCCAAAUGAUCGCUCAGAAUAUAACUUAGAACAAAAUAUGUCUUUCAUACCAAAUAUUCCUGAAAGCCAACACGGCUAUGCAGAAUCUAUAGAUUCUGAUGACGACACAGAACAAUCCCCAAUGCUAGUUAAUGAAGUAUGUAGUGGAUAUUAUGAUCCAUCAUCUCAGCUUUGGGAUCCAAGCAUGAAUCAAGAUUUAAGAUAUAAUGGAAAUAUGUCUGAAAUGGUGGAAUACAACUCUCGUGAUUUAAAUUCGUGUUCAGUGUCUGAAGGAAGGGAGAAAGCUACUAACUGUGAUAAUUUUCCAUUGUACCAUAAUUUUCAGUCUCUCAACUUAUUUCAGCAACCAGUAUCAUUCAUACCUGCACCAUAUCCAGAAUCAAUGCAAUGUUGUGGCUAUUUUGACAACACAAACAAUUUCGAGGAUACACAACCUCCAGCCUUAAGGGAAAGUAAUUAUUUAAGCAAACCUAAAAAGAAAUGGUUACUAAACCAGAAAUGCAAAAGUGCUGAUAGUGAACCAGACCCUUGUGACGGUGGAAUUACAUCUGUAUGUAAACGUGGCCUAUUUCCACCCAGUUACAAUUACAUUCAGAAUCAAAGUACAAAUAUCCUCGGAGCUCACGAUAAUGGAUGUAACUCGUAUUCGAAACCUUUAUUUUUAAGUAACGGUGACCCGAUUGCCGGUCCAUCUGGAUUACAACGACCAAGCAGCAUCAAUUGGGAUACUGGUGCUAGCAACUUAGACAGUGAGUUUCGGAGUAGAAGUUACAGUUUAACACCGACAGUUAAUUUUGCCGUGUUUGAGUCUGAAUCUUCAAGUGAUGCUGAAGACGCACAAGACCCUAUGGUACCUAAAAUUAAUGAUGUGCCUAAUAUUAUUGAACCUAAAACAAAAGCAAUAGAUGAUCCAUUUGAACUGCCUGAUAUAACUUUAGGAAAAGUAAUCCCCAUGUCACCAUCUGCAGCUCAACUCAGUAUUGCCAGUAGCUAUGGAGAUAAUGGAUCACCUAUUUGUAAGAUUUGCCAUAUGACAGCUAGGGAAAAUGAUCCUCUGAUUUCACCUUGCAGAUGUUCUGGGACUAUGCAAUACAUUCACUGUGGUUGCUUAAUGAGAUGGUUAGAAGUCUGCCAUAAAAGAGGUCGUAGACCAGCCAGUUGUGAGCUUUGUCAGUAUCAAUAUCAUUGGCAUAAAAAAUUUAAAAUACGACAUUGGCAAUUUCCACGCUGUUCCAGAAAGGAUAAAAUAUUACAUCUACUUUUUAUAUUCUCUGUUCUUUUAAUGGUUGCGUGCGCAUCACUGACUGUCCUCUUUUUUAAGCACGACAAAGGGACCAAGGUAGACCUCGAAAGAACAGAACUCACUCACUCAGAAAUUGGGAACUUAGUGUGUGGAGUGUUGUUUUUUGUGGCCUUCUUUGUUGCUAUCUAUGUGGAAGCAAAAUCACACGAUACUUUGUAUCAAUUACUAGUCAAGUUCAUACACAUCAAUCAACAAUGGUACAUUGAUGAGUAUGAAAAGAAAGAAACUGCACCUGUGGCUGUUUGACAUUAGGUGAUUGAUAGAAACUGUUUUUUCCUGUUAUCUUUGGACUCAUGACCACCAACUCGAUGAAGUUUAUAGUUGGAUGUUACCAAAUGCCACAAUCAGAAUUUUUUUUAUCAUACAUACUUGCUGACCUAAAUCAUUUUACUUCUUCCACAUGUGACAAUGUCUUUACUUUUAGCUGUUAAUACUGCUAUCUUGCAUUUUGUAAAUACAUUAAUUGAAUGUCAUAUGCUAGAAAAUAAUUUUUAAACGUAACAUGUGCUUCAAAUUUAAAAAUUUACCAUAAAAACUUUGACACAAAAUAUUAUAUUUCCAUCCACCUCUAUCACAUAUUUCAAAUAUACAUAACAUCAAAUAGGUCAAAGCUGUAUCAUACAUUUUCACUUUCCAAUAAAAGAAACUUUUACAUUUGA